GCUGUGUAGGCGGGGCAGGGGCACGUGGCAGCUCCCUGGGCCAGCAGCGUCAGUAUUGGCCAUCGGCUGGGGGAGGAAGGAGUUUUCUCCCACAGGUGUGCAGUGCACCUCACAGUGGGAGCCGCGUCUGGCCCCAGAGCGCUGCCCCGGGUCCAUGUCACGCUGACCUCCCCCCACUAGGACACCACUCCUGAGGGCUUCUGGAGGACUGAGGACCUUCGAGCACUAAGCACCAGAGCAUAGAGUCCCCAUGGCCUCACUGAGCCGAGCCCUGCGUGCCGCUGCCGCCUGCCCUCGUAGGAGACCUCCUGCCCGGUGUCUGGGGCUGCAGGCGCUAGCCAGGGAGGCUGGCCCCACGGCUGAGAAGAACGUACCCUACCAACGGACCCUGAAGGAGGAGGCCCAGGACCCAUCGGCGGUGCCCCAGGGACCGAGCCAGCCCCUGCCCAGCACAGCCAAUGUGGUGGUCAUCGGUGGCGGCAGCUUGGGCUGCCAGACCCUGUACCACCUGGCCAAGCUGGGUGUGAGUGGGGCAGUGCUGCUAGAGAGAGAGCGACUGACUUCUGGGACCACCUGGCACACAGCAGGCCUGCUGUGGCAGCUGCGGCCCAGCGACGUGGAAGUGGAGCUCCUGGCGCACACGCGGCGCGUGGUGAGCCGCGACCUGGAGGAGGAGACAGGGCUGCACACGGGCUGGAUCCAGAACGGAGGCCUCUUCAUCGCAUCCAACCGACAGCGUCUAGAUGAGUACAAGAGGCUCAUGACGUUGGGCAAGGCCUAUGGUGUGGAAUCCCAUGUGCUGAGCCCUGCGGAGACCAAGACUCUGUACCCGCUGAUGAACGUGGACGACCUCUAUGGGACGCUGUACGUGCCGCAGGAUGGUACCAUGGACCCUGCGGGCACAUGCACCACCCUCACCAGGGCGGCAGCUGCCCGAGGAGCAAAGGUCAUUGAGAACUGCCCAGUGACUGGCAUCCGUGUACGGACAGAUGACUUUGGGGUGCGGCGGGUUGUGGCCGUGGAGACAGAGCAUGGCUCCAUCCAGACGCCCUGUGUGGUCAACUGUGCAGGAGUGUGGGCGAGUGCUGUGGGUCAGAUGGCUGGAGUGAAGGUUCCGCUGGUGGCCAUGCACCAUGCCUAUGUUGUCACCGAGCGCAUCGAGGGGAUCCAGAACAUGCCCAAUGUCCGCGAUCAUGAUGCCUCUGUCUACCUCCGCCUGCAAGGGGAUGCCUUGUCUGUUGGUGGUUAUGAGGCCAACCCAAUCUUCUGGGAGAAGGUGUCGGACAAAUUCUCCUUUGGCCUCUUUGACCUGGACUGGGACGUUUUCACUCAGCACAUUGAAGGCGCCAUCAACCGUGUCCCUGUGCUGGAGAAGACGGGGAUCAAGUCCACAGUCUGUGGCCCGGAGUCCUUCACACCUGACCACAAGCCCCUGAUGGGAGAGGCACCUGAGCUCCGUGGCUUCUUUCUUGGCUGCGGUUUCAACAGUGCAGGCAUGAUGCUGGGUGGUGGCUGUGGGCAGGAGCUGGCCCACUGGAUUGUGCACGGGCGCCCGGAGAAAGACAUGUACGGCUACGACAUCAGGCGCUUCCAUCACUCGCUCACAGACCACACCCGCUGGAUCCGUGAGCGCAGCCAUGAGUCCUACGCCAAGAACUACUCGGUGGUCUUCCCCCACGACGAGCCGCUGGCAGGGCGCAACAUGAGGAAAGACCCCCUUCACGAGGAGCUGCUAGGACAAGGCUGUGUAUUCCAGGAACGACAAGGCUGGGAGCGACCCGGAUGGUUCAACCCCCAAGGGACAGCUCCGGUUCUCCAGUAUGACUACUACGGGGCCUAUGGAAACCAGGCUCACAGAGAGUACGCCUAUGGCAAGCUUCUGGGGGAUGAGUACACCUUCGACUUCCCGCCCCACCACCACCUGAUCCAGAAGGAGUGUCUGGCAUGCCGAGGGGCUGCUGCUGUGUUCAAUAUGUCCUACUUCGGGAAGUUCUACCUGCUUGGGGCGGACGCCAAGAAGGCUGCCGACUGGCUCUUCUCAGCGGCCGUCAGCCGGCCCCCAGGUGCGACAGUGUACACCUGCAUGCUGAAUCACAGGGGAGGUACCGAGAGCGACCUGACCGUCAGCCGCCUGGCCCCUGGUACCCAGGCCAGCCCUCUGGCCCCUGCCUUCGAAGGGGAUGGCUACUACCUGGCGGUGGGUGGAGCCGUAGCUCAACACAACUGGUCCCAUGUCACCACGGUACUGCAAGAUCAGAAAUUCCAGUGCCAGCUCAUCGACAGUUCUGAGGAUCUGGGCAUGCUCAGCAUCCAGGGCCCAGCCAGCCGUGCCAUUCUCCAAGAUGUGCUGGAUGCCGACCUGAGCAACGAGGCCUUCCCUUUCUCCACCCACCAACUAGUGAGAGCUGCUGGGCACAUGGUCCGGGCCAUCCGGCUGUCCUUCGUGGGGGAGCUGGGCUGGGAGCUGCACAUCCCCCGGGAGUCCUGUGUGCCUGUGUACCGUGCCGUGAUGGCUGCAGGUGCCAAGCAUGGCCUUGUCAAUGCAGGCUACCGAGCCAUUGAUUCCCUGAGCAUCGAGAAAGGCUACCGGCACUGGCAUGCAGAUCUGCGAUCUGAUGAUAGCCCUCUGGAGGCGGGCUUGGCCUUCACCUGCAAGCUCAAGUCCCAGAUACCUUUCCUGGGCCGUGAGGCCCUGGAGAAGCAGCAAGCCAAGGGCCUUUACCGACGCCUGGUGUGCCUCACGGUGGAGGAGCAAGUGCCCAUGUUUGGCCUGGAGGCCAUCUGGAGAAAUGGCCAAGUGGUGGGCCAUGUCCGGAGGGCCGACUUUGGAUUCAGUGUGAACAAGACCAUUGCCUACGGCUAUAUCCGGAACCCCAGCGGUGAACCGGUCUCCCUGGACUUUGUGAAGAGUGGGGACUAUGCCUUGGAGAGGAUGGGGGUCACUUACGCUGCACAGGUUCACCUCAAGUCUCCCUUCGACCCUGACAACAAGAGGGUGAAGGGAAUCUACUGACGGGCCCGUGGAGUGUGGCCACAGCGGCUCAGGGACUGGAAGAGCACCACUCUUACACUGCCUGCCGACCCCUACCAGACCCAGAUGUCCCUGUGCCCCCUGCAAAACAUGACCUUCCCACCCUUAGCACAGGCUUGCUCCUGCUAACUACCACCCCCCCCCCCAACCAGGACAGGGCUAAAGUAGCUCCUCCUGCUCACUGACCAAACAGUGGUCUCCAGUCCACCCCAAACCUGCAACAGCGCACACUGCAAACAUCUUGGCUCAAGGCCCCCCAUGAACUUCUCAGAAAGUACAUGGUUAGGGCUGGGCAGGGGUGGGGGUGGGGUCUUAGUGGUUAGGAGCAGUUGCUGUGUGAGCAUGAGAGCCCACCUGAGUUUGAGCCCCAGUACUCACCCAUGUAAAAAUAGCUGAGUGUGGCCAUGGCUGCCUCUGACCCUAGCAUGGAUAGGGGAGGGUGGCAGAAGGAUGACUGGGCUCCCUGGUCAGCCAGUGUAACUGAAAGAUGGAGAGCUCUAGGUUCAGCGAGAGACUUUGUUUUAGAGAAAUAAUGUGGACCAGGGAUAGAGGCGGAGAUCUGACGUCUUCCUCUGGCCUCCACACAGAGCACACACGUAUCUAUAUAUAUACAUAUGCAAAUACCACCAAACACCAUAUUACAUGCACACACAUGCACAUCACCUACGAUAUUCACCCCAGAGCAAGAAUAGAUCAUUAAAGAAGGUACGUGGUUAAGCUUAGAAGACCCGGGGCAGGAGCAGGCCAGCUUGACCUUGGUUCCUGUCUUGUCUGAACGGCAGUCAUGGCCAUAACACUUGAGUACUGAAUCAUGGAGACGGAUGGUGAUGGAUUGAUCAGCACUGUCUGCCACAGGCACAGGGUGAAGAGCAGAGGGAUGUAUGCUAAACGGACACUGUUCUGCCUCAGGAUGACUUAUCUGUCAGAUCAGGGACCAGGGGGAAACUAGAAAGUUCUUUUUGCCUUAACUUCUGGUUCUGCAGGUGGAAAAACCAGUGACACAGGGGAGCCUAUGACAUUUCAGAUUUCCUAUGUCCAUGCAGAAACACCAGCUCCUGCCUCAGUUUCUCCCAAAGCCAUUGCUCACAGACCUAGAGAGGACAAGCUUGCUGCUCUCUGUGUAGGAGCCACCUGCGAGAAAGCUCAUUUCCAGGGACCUUUGUCUCUGCCAUAGACGCAUGACUUUUUGCUCACGAGGCCCCCUGGACAGGACCCUGCCCUGCACCCUGCUGGGGUAGCUCCCAUUCCCCUUGUCUCGUCCUUGGCAACCCUCCACGCCUGCCUAUGUGUCAGCUCUCCUGCAUGGGCUGAGCACCCACUACUUCCCUCCAUGGACCCGGCCCCCUCCCUCUGCCCUAUAUCCCGGUUCUGAUCAGUAAGAUUUUUGUUGCUUUGAGGGGUCACAUCAGCUCCGAUGGAGAUCACGUCAUCGUCUUGUGAGGUGUGCCCUGCAAUGUAGGAGAGCAGGCACAGAUGCUUAAGGCAGUACAAAUUUGGGGUCUCCUAGACCCAUAGAGACAGCAGAAGGGAGAUUUGGGCGCAGCUGUCUUGGGCGGGCUGAGAGUCUUCACAGGCUCACUUGCCACACACUGAGCUGAAAGAGGUCAUGCUAAUAAAAUCAAAACCACGGGAA